AUGGCAUCAUUAAGUUCAUUUUCUUCUUCUUCAUCCAAUAUUCGCCAUACCAUUCGGUCCAUUAGUUUGCCAACCAGAUCACACCACAGCACUCUUCAAGUUGAAGAGGAGGUCACCAAUCUUAAAACAUGGGAGGCAUCUUUGCCAUCUUUUCCUGAUGCAGAAACAUUUUACAAUGGUCUAGCUUGCCUGGAAAGAUUAUACACAUGCGUUGACAAUCUUUUCAGUUUACCACUGACCCAACAAGCCCUUUCCCUUCAUCAACAUGAGAAAUUGGUAAAUGAGUUGCUGGUUCGGUCGAUGAGACUUUUGGACAUCUGUGGCUCUAUUAAAGAUUUAGUGUCGCAGGUAAAAGGACAUGUACGAGAUAUUCAAUCAGCUCUAAGGAGGAGACGAGAAGAUUUAAGCAUUGAUGUUUCGUUUCUAAAGAAACUGAAGAAAGAUGCCAAAAGAGCUGUUGCGGAUUUAAAGCAAAUCGAUCACAUUUAUGGCUUACAACUGUUGAAUCUUGAUCACCACCUAUCUUCAGUGAUCAGAGUACUAAGAGAUGUUAGUGAAGUCAGCAUUUCUGUGUUUGGAUUGCUCUUGUCGUUCUUGUCUGUCUCUAUUUCUAAGCUGAAGUCAACAACUAAAUGGUCAAUAAUCUCAAAAUUGAUUCCGAAAGGAACAGCAGGAAGCAAGUAUCAGCCUCAGAAUGGUGUUGAGGCUUUAGAUUGCCACAUUGAAGGCAUUGAGAAUGGUUUGGCAUCCAUGUUUAGGAGGUUGAUCAGAACCAGGGCUUCCCUCCUAAAUAUUCAAUCUCACUAAUGUGAAUCUUGCAACACAUAG